AUGGACGGGUGGAUUGCUGACAAACACAAAGGUGUUCCCCACCCAACUUUCUGCCAAAGGCUAUCGCUGGAAAUCCGCAUCCGCUCCACCCCGCCCGGAUUCCAAAAUCCAUCGAGCGCCCCUCUUUUUGCACUUUUCCUCUUUUCCCUCUUUCCAUCUUCCAUCGAGAAAUCCUCCAUCGAGCGCAAAAAUCCGGCCUCUGUCACAAAAAUCCGGCAGUUAGUCCUACAAGACUCUUUCAGAAAUCCAAGAGGGAGGAAAAGAUACAUUCAGCCCGAUACGCGUCCCAUCCGACAAGAUUCUCCUAAGAACAGGGAAUUGUUGGGCGCAUUUUGGGAUAAGCUAUCUUUGGAUGAGGCAAUGGAGAUUGCAUCAUUGAAGAAUGCGACACUAGAGGUGAUAGAGUAAGAUAUGUGGGUCCACUACAUUCAUCUGGAUUUCCUCCUCUUCAUGCUUCUCAAAGGUUUUGGAAGACUGCCCUGGUGAUCUUAGUUUUUGGUAUUGUCA